GUGCUUGCACCGCCCCGGGCCGGCCCUUGUCAUGGCAACAGGCGAGUGACGUGCGGGGAGAAGCGGCGCCAUGGGCGGCUCGGCCAGCCUGCUACCGCGGGACGCCCUGAGUGAGUACCAGGAGCUGACAUUCCUGAGCAAGCAGGAGAUCUUGCUUGCCUACAAGAGGUUCAGUGAACUGCUGCCAAAGGAGAUGAGGGAGAAUGCCUGUUCCGCACGGGUUCCCAAGAGUGACAUCCUGAUGCUGCCUGAGCUGCGGGCAAACCCCUUCCAGCACCGGAUCUGCCAUGUGUUCUCAACCUCAGAGACUGGGGAUGACAGCAUGUCGUUUGAAGACUUCCUUGAUAUGCUGAGUGCCUUCAGUGAUUCUGCCACGUCUGAGAUCAAAUCCCAUUAUGCCUUCCGCAUCUUUGACUUUGAUGAUGAYGGAACUUUGGACAGGAAGGACCUGGAACAACUGGUGAACUGCCURACAGGGCAGGGUGAGGAGUCCCGGCUGAACAGCGCAGAGAUGGAGCAGCUCAUCCAAAAUAUCCUGGAGGAGUCUGACAUCGACAAGGAUGGCACCAUCAACCUCUCUGAGUUCCAGCACAUUGUCUCCCGCUCCCCGGACUUUGCCAGCUCCUUCAAGAUUAUCCUGUGAGCCCCGGCUGUCCAGCAAUACUUCUCCAGUUUCUCCAGCACUCCUCUGGUUCCUGCAGCUCUUUGUGGGCUCAGCCAUUUCCUCUUUCAGGGAGCACAGCCCAGCCCCUCACUGGYCCAGCCGUGCUGCAAUGCCUUGGGCAGGAACCCUCCUGCUCCCUCUCAGGUGCCUGCUUGGCAGCAGGGGCUCCAGGAAUCUGCCUCUCCUGCAUGCCCUCUGCUCUACCAGCACAAGAGUUUGAAUCCUUAUGCAUUCCAAGGGCAGCUCUGCAGGUGAGGAAGGAAGAGCUACUCCUGUCUGGGACCACGCUACACCAGCACAGCCCUUCUCUGCCCUCAGGACCAAUUCCUAUGUCGUGCCUUCCAGCAGCAGGCAGGGAGCUGCCUCCCCUGCCAGCCUCUUCCUGCCUCUCCUGUAUUUCUGGGAGCCUCCCUGCUGCCACAUGGAUCAAUUUCUCUGAGCAAUAACCCAAACAUGGAGCCUCUGAGCAAUAACCAAAAUGUACAUAAUUUUUCAUGAGCAAUAACCUAAACGGGGGUGCAUUCUCUGAGCAGUCACCCAGGUUUCACUGUACAGGUGUCACACCACAGCAGAGCUGUUCCCCCACAGCUGUGCUCAGAGCCUGCUCCUUCUCCUCUAGCCUUUCCCUCUCUGUCCCUCUUCUGGCUCCAGCCCAGCAGCUGCUCUGCUGCCCUGGCCUCUUCCUCCCCCGGUCCCUGUGAAGACACAAUUAAAGGGCUCUGGUUUCACCCUUG